ACCAAAUGUGUCUAAAAGAGACCCUUGAAAGCAAAGAAAUACUCAACUCCCUACGCUUCAAAUUAGCCCAAACUCUUGCUGCGGCAUCCUCUUCUUCAUUAUACCUUCUCUCUCUCUAGCUUAAUUGUUCUCUUUCCAGUUCCCACCAAAACGAAGAUUCUGUGAAAUCUUUCACGCCAAUGGAGUGUUGUCCCCUUCUCCUUGUCAUCUGAUAUAUAUUGCCCUCUCAUGCCUAAACACUUUUGGCUCCGGAGGGGCUUCAAGUUAAUUGUUCCUAUAAGGUUGGAUCUGGGAGGUUGAGAGUUCUUGGAGAAGGCAUCAAGACACAGCAAACAAAUUAAAGCUCAUUGCUUCACGCAAUCAAUUGCACCCAUGGACAAGCCACCAGCCUCGGCCUCCACCACCACCACCACCUUCAUCCAAGCGGAUGUCACCACCUUCAAGGAGCUCGUCCAGCGCCUCACUGGCCCGGCCGAGUCAACUACGACUGCCUCCACCGUGUGCUCCCCUCCCUCCUCCGCCUCCUCCUCCUCCUCCUCCCUCCCCGCCGGCCGACUCAAGCGACUCCAUCACGGCUCUCAUUUGAGGCUUGCCAUCCCAAGAACAGAUGCUCCAUCGGGAUCAACUAAGCUGGCCAGUCCGGCAGCACCGUCGCCUGCAGCCACCUUCGCGAGGUUGGAUAUAUCAGCGGAGGAGAAGAGUGGGGAGGCUAUUGAGGAGGAGGAGGAGGAGGAGGAGCGGGCCAUUAAAGAGAGGCGGUUCUAUUUGUACCCUUCGCCCCGGGCAAAAAACAGGGUUGCUGAGCCGGAGCUGCUCCCGUUGUUUCCCAUCACAUCACCGAGGGCUGCUGCCGGCGAGCCGUGAGAAUUGUAUGUGAAACUGGAUGAAUUGAAUUUAGCCUAGUUAAUUAAACUUAUUGUUUUAUGAAUAAAUGGGGGUUUGAGGAUAG